AUGAGUGGAAAGGGGAGGGGACGGCCGAAGAAGGCCUCAAUUCCUCCGGUUCACCAUGGUACGACAGCAUCUUCGGCAGAACCAGAGAAAGGAAGCAACAAAUCAGGAACUAUGGAGCAGAGCAUCAGUGUGAAGAAGAUUACGCAAGUGAAUUCGAAUCAGGGAGAAAUGUCAAGAGAUGAAGGAAGCAAGAGUGUGAAUGAACAACCAACGAGUCCGAAGAAGCUCUGGGUGGAUGUGAUUAGUGGCAAUCGGAAUCCAACAAAUGGAUUGCAGAUGGAAUUUGUAGCGCCCAAGGUCGUCAAUGGUGAACUGGAAGUGGAGAUCGAGGAGGAGGAUAUUGCGUCUGAACUUAGACACUGGGACUCCGCUCUCAUCAUGUAUGUGCUAGGAGGAGAUUUGAGCAUGAACAAUGUGAAACAAUUUAUGAUAAGGAACUGGAAUUUUGUGAAGUUGCCGGAAAUGUAUUUCAACGACGAGGGUUAUUUCAUUCUGAGAUUUCACACUAUGGAUGAUAAAGAUCUAGUGCUAACGAAGGGCCCCUACACCAUUCACAACAUGCCUAUGCUUCUGACGGAUUGGAAACCAAACUUUGACCUUAAGAAGGACAUGCUUCGUACGAUACCAAUUUGGGUCACUCUUCCUCAUCUACCGCUUCAUCUAUGGGGUCAGAAGAGUCUGAGUAAGAUUGGUAGUGCUUUAGGCACCCCAAUUGUAACAGAUGAGUGCACAGCGAAUAAACUACGAGUCUCAUACGCGCGUAUACUUGUUGAGAUGGAUAUCACAAAGGCACCGGUAACAGAGAUUAACAUUAGGGAUGCUGAGGGGAACAAGAGGAAGCAGGUGGUUGAGUAUGACUGGAGACCGAAAUUUUGUGAAAGAUGCCAACGGGUUGGCCAUAACUGCCUUGACAACAAUCAGAAAAAGCCUGCUAAGCAAUGGAAGCAAAAGACCAUACCAAAUGAUCCUGAAAUGGAGAAGGUAACAUCCUCAGUGCAAAUUCCUCAACAGACCACAACUGAAGCAGAGGUUUGGACUACCAUAGAAAGGCACAGAAAAGGAAAGACAAUAGUGAAUGAAGGAAUACCUCAGAUUAGACAAGAUAAUUCGUUUGAUCCACUAACUCGGGAGAAUGAGGGGUUAGGGAGCAAUGGAGGUUGA